CAUCCAUCCACGUCUAUUAACCCAGAACCCCUCUCCCUCUCUCUCCGUGCUCCGUCGAUGGCGACUCUGUUAGCUUCCUCGCGAACAAGCCUUCAACAUCUUAAUCUUCCAGUAUCACCACUUCCUUAUUCUUCUUCUUGUUCGGAUUCAGCAAUCUAUUUGCUCUGCUCGAAGAAGCCCGGGAUAGCAACAUUGUUGUCGGAGAAAUCGGAAUUUCUGAGCCCGUUCAAGUAUCAGAAAUGCAAGGAAAUCAAGCCCACGAAGGGCCUUCGAGGCAGCUCUCUCAUGGUUCGGAUGAUGGCAUGGGACUCUCCGCUCUCCUCAGUCAAACUGAUCAUUCAAGGCAAAAACUUGCAGCUCACUGAGACUGUGAAGCAGCAUGUGGAAGAGAAGGUAGGGAAGGCAGUACAGAAGCACAGUCAUUUGGUGAGGGAAGUUGAUGUCAGGUUGUCUGUUCGAGGUGGAGAGUUCGGGAGAGGCCCAAGGAUUCGCAGAUGUGAGGUUACUCUGUUUACUAAGAGGCAUGGAGUGGUUCGUGCGGAGGAAGAUGCAGAGACAAUAUAUGCCUGCAUAGAUUUGGUCGCCUCUAUCAUUCAGAGGAAGCUGAGGAAGAUUAAGGAGAAAGAGUCUGAUCAUGGACGGCACAUGAAGGGCUUCAAUAGAUUAAAAAUCAGAGAACCCGUGCCUCCUGUGGGCGUUGUUGAAGAUGAAGAUGCAGAUGCAGUUGUAGAUGCUGAUGCUGUCCCCCAGCAAGAAGAAGAUGAAAUUUUUGAUGAGAUUGUUCGGACAAAGUACUUCGAUAUGCCACCUUUGACUGUUGCUGAAGCCAUUGAGCAGCUUGAAAAUCUUGAUCAUGACUUCUAUGGUUUCCGAAAUGAAGAAACCGGUGAGAUAAAUAUUUUGUACAAGAGAAAGGCAGGAGGUUAUGGUCUUAUCAUACCAAAAGGAAAUGGUGAAGCCGCGAAAGUAGAGGCUGUGGUGGUAGAACCAGCUAAUGUAUCUUCAUUAACAGAAUGAGUGGGAGAAGGCAGAUAAUUUUGUUAGAUGAAGGUAGUAAGCCUAUAUUGUGGAAUCAUCCCUGAAUUUUGAUGGCAACAGUCUCAUGGAAACCAGGACAUGCAGAUCGCAGCACGGGGCUGGGAUUUUUAUUUUUUUUGAGUGAUGCGUUUACUUGAUUUUAUUGCUGUUUAGAGUUUGCCGGAGUUGAGCUCUACCGUUUUGCACCCAAUAAAAUAGCGAACCAACAAAACUGUGUAAUCGUCCCAGAGUGCAUGUACAAGAAUUAGCGCAGUUGUCUUCUGACUAACAGGUUUUGAUGCACUCCAGGCCUGCUAGCGCUUCUACAUUGCUCUACUUAUUGCAUGGUGUUUUUUUUUUUUU